UGGGUCAAAAUUUGCAUCAUCCCUCAACUUCCGCCCUGUCAACAUGGCGGUGCCAAGGAGCGUUUUGCCACUUCUGUUCUUGUGUUUUCCCCUGUGUUGGGCGCAGUUCCGCAGCGUUCACGACAUGAUCUACGUGAACAUCACGGCCCAGGCCCCGUGUGUCCGCCUGAUGAACGCCACGCACCAGAUCGGCUGUACUUCGGCUGUGAGCGGGAAUGUUGGAGUGCUUCACUACUGUGCUGAACAGAGUGACGUUGACUGGCUGAUCCAAAGUGCAAAGAACAAGCCCUACAUGCCCCUCAUGGUGCCGCGUCUGUUCACGUACGAAAACGUCCAAGGCCUCCGAGCGUCCGGUAAGAUCAGCGGAAUCCUGGUCGCGUACGGGAACCGUUCCGACCCCCAACCUCCGCAGGCCGGCUUCUCUCCUGUCCACAAGUGUCCGAACGACGGCUACGGUAUGUACAGCGAUCACCCAGAGUACGCCCACUGUAAGAACACCACGUGGAAUCCCUUGGGUUCUGGGCUCUCGUACUUGGAUUACGACUUCCCGAUGUCCCUCCUGGUGAACCAAUCGGACAUCGACUACCUCAUCGACUGUCACAAUAGGUUCAACAAGUACGACAACGACAGCAACCAAGCGUACCCGCUGUGCGCUGUGCAGAUCAAGGAUCGUAUGGACGGAGCCAAGGAUUCCAUCACUUGUAUCAGGAGGAGCAACCUAAAUAUCAACCUCAACCCCUUCGUGUACUGUGACGCGCUCGGAGACAAAAACGUCUGGGGCACGCUGCGUCCUCUCAACAAGUCGACUCCGUUGAACGACAGCAAGGAACUGAUCGUGGCUUCAGCAAAGAUCGACACGUGGUCCCUGUUUCACAACGUGGGUGGAGUCGGAGCCAACGACGCAACAGGAUUCAUCGCACUCCUGGCUGCAGCAGAGGCUCUUGGGAAACUGGAUCAAGUAGAGAAAAAUGCCAUGAAGGAUUUGAUGUUUGUGUUCUUCCAGGGGGAGACGUUUGAUUACAUCGGCUCGUCUCGGAUGGUGUAUGACAUGCGGCGAGGAGAAUUUCCCGCGAAGCUGAACGACAAGGUCCCGUGGCAGCCCUCAUUGGUCAACACGACAAACAUCCAGUACUUUUUGGAGGUGAGCCAGGUUGGUCUAUGGGAACAGUCGGGAGGACUGUGGGCUCACAGCGACCCCGUCUCCCAGAAGACAUCCGCAGUACGCGACAACGUCAACGCCAUCUUUUCCGCCAUCGAAAACGCGACAGAUUCCACCAACAUCUCGAUCGGAAAGCCGCCAUCAUUCCAAGCAUUGCCCCCGGCGUCUCUGCAGCGCUUCCUACGGGAGGAUCUGGGAGUCCCGGGAAUCGUCCUGUCCGACCACAUGGCAGCAUACAGCAACAACUACUUCAUGAGUCGUCUAGACCUGCCCGCCGAGAUCGGCAUGGACAUUCCCGCGAAUCUUAAACCUGACGAGGCCUACGACUACACAACCAAGCAGGGCGAGAGCCUGACCAAAGUGGCUACAGUCAUAGCGAGAACUCUGUACCAACUGGCCUCAAACAAGUCUCCUUCUGAGGCUGCAAAAAUUACAGCUAGCAGCAGUACCAUCAACCACCUCCUGUACUGCUUCCUGCAGCAUGCCAAUUGUCCGCUGUUCGCCGAGGUUCUCUCAAGCAAGUCCGUGGCCGCGUUAAAGUCCCUGCCGGGACCGCUACCGCGUUACGUCAGCGUCCCACAAAACGCAGCCAAUCAGAUUAGCCAGGUUGUUGCGAAUCUCCUCACCUUCUACCUCGGCGAAAGGCUUCCCAACCUGAACACGCCGACAGAAUGCAAGACGCCCAGAUACGACCACAUCAACAGCUAUAUCUUCAUGAACGGCCGUCCCGUGGUAAACACGACAGAUAACACGACGUCGUACGCGAGCUUCUGCAUGCGCGCGUCCGUGCAGUUCUCCACUGCCGUCUCGCCAGCGUUCUUGUCAAACGAGAUGUUGCACUCGAACGAGUAUUCCACGUGGACAGAGAGCCGAUGGACCGUCCUCAACGCGAAAAUAUUCCUCGUCUCGAGCGAGGCAGAACAGACCAUCACGUUGUCUGUGGGGGUGGUGGUCAUCCUGGUGUCCCUCGUACUCAUGUAUUUCGUGAACACUAAAUCAGACGUCCUGUUCACAGCUCCUGAAGCAGAAUAUUGAUUAGCAAAACAGCCCGAACAAAAUUGAAGUAAUCUGGGAAUAGUUUCAUCAGGUUGGUUAAUAGCUGGAUACUAGGGGUGGGUACCGGUACCCCAGACCAGAAAAAAUCAAUAGACCAGAAAUUUUGGACCAACUAGAAAAUGAACACUCUAUAUCGCUCGGGGUCCAAAUGUUUUGGGGCUUACCUGUCCAAGAAAAUAACAAGAGCAUUUCUACCAGGUUUCUACAGUCAAACGUACAGAGGCUGUUAGCCUUAUUAACACGAAAAUAGGGUUUUAACACGUCAAUGAGAGUCGAAUACCCCACCAAACAGAUUCUUUUGUAGCAAAAUGGACCAUUGUAUUGAGUAUGAUUGUCAUACAUGUUUUCACAAUCAUGUCCAGGUCCGGACCUGUACCUGAUCCUGUGGACUUGAACUAGACCUGCAUCUGAAUUUUCUGUACCGGUACCCACCCUAAGAUGACAAAGCCCCCUGUACACAACCAGUGAGUUGAUGCUUGACCAACAUUUCUGGUGACAGUCCGGAUAUAAAGUCACGUUUGGGACUGCAUCACUCACAAUUGCAGUAGCGCCACCUACAUGCAGUGCAAAGUAAAACCAGUCAGUACUGGCCUGAGGAAGGUCACAGAAAUGUUGGUUAGGUUUGAACUUACUGGUUGUAUACAAAGAACUUUGACACCCAAGGUUGAAAUUAUGUUUUGAUGAAUUGACUCUACAUUCAGGGUAUUCUAAUGUAUGCAACAAUAUUGAUGUACAUGUUGUAGUGUAAAGAAACAACUCUUGAACAUCAAUGAUUUUAAUGUGAGCUACAUAUUGUACAUAGGUGUGCUUAGAUCCAGUGUAUCUAUAAACAGAGAUUUGUUUCAUUAUUGUUGAAUACAAAAUAUAUCUCCUUGAUGUAAAUCCUUUGUUUGUAUGAAAGGGCAUCGUAAAUUUCUGAUUCAGUGCAAAACAUUGUAAGAGAAUUAUGUAAUGUUUAAUCAUGUAAAUGACAGGCUACAUGUAAAAUUAUGUUUUUUGUAACCCUAAGAAAUGAAAAUUUGUAGAUCAUUUCUACCACCCUUAAGAAGUUGUUCAGAUUGUUUAUGCAAAUUCUACAUAUACAUGUACAUGUAUAUGUGUGUAUCAACAUUUAUAUGUCACAGACAAAAUAUCUAACAUAAGCUUGUUUUGGUUUGGAAAUUGGUCUAAUCAUGAAAAUCUGAUCCUUGAAAAAGAAUAGUUUCAUCAGAUCAAAAUCUGAUUAUAUCAUGGGAGUUUGUAAUUUUUUUCUUGAAUUUGAACAUGUUGCAAUAUCUAGACAAUUUACCAAUUCAGUCAUAUAUAUUUCAAAAAAUUGCAUUCCUAACAGAUUCCCAAGUGCAUUUAUGUAUUUAUUUCAAAGUUGUAACGAAAAAAGAUUUGUGUAUUUUUGCUGAUCAACUGCCAAAUGUUGAACUGGAUCCUUUUCUUUCAAAUUUAGCAGUUAGAAUUUAAUCAGGGUCGAAUAUUUGUAUAUUUAGCAGUUCAUUUCUAAACUAUCAUUCGAUAAGGCUGUAUUACAUGUAUUAUGCUUAGAUUUGACUUUCCAAAGAGCAGAAGUAUGCAUUGUUAUUAAGAAUGUACGAUUGAAAUGCUUUUGUUUUUGUGCAGCUUGCAUUCCAAGGUUUUUGGCAUGAGGGCUAGACCAAAGGAAAAGUCUAGAGCUAGAAUAGUCUACUUAAACUAAGUUGCACAGCCAAAUGCUACGAAAAAUGCAGUUGCUAUUUUGUGACAUUUGAAAAGAAAUGUGAAUAAUCGUAAUUUGUACAAUACUUAAGUAGCAGUUUGUACAUGUAUCAUUUGCAAGUUGAUUAUGCCUCAAA